AUGCCCAAGUACGCAUCCGAUUCCGACGACGAGGCGUCGGCCAUGCCCGCCAAGCUUUUCCGCCGCCAGGAAGCCAAUGCGUGCUCUUCUGGGAGGAGGCAGAGUUGCGGAUGUAUUGCUUUGGAGGGACAAGACAGUGUCCGGUGCACUGAUGGCUGGAAGCUUCCACAGAUCCCAGAAAUCGUUUUGCAUGAACAUACCUUCAGAGAAGCUGCCACAGUCUUCCACAGAAGAUUCAAUCAGGCGCUGGCGAUUCUCCUUGACAUUGCCUGCGGAAGAGAUCCAGGACUCUUCAUUCUGGCAAUUGUGUUUCUGUACAUAUUAUCAGUGGUUGGCACCUGUUUCAGCUUCCUGAAUUUCCUUUAUCUGGGGUACGUUGGACUCCAAACGGUGCCGAUCCUGUACGAGCGGUACGAGGCCGAGGUGGACUACAUUGCGGGAACAUUGAUGAGAGACAUGAGGAGAGCAUAUAGGAAGUUCGACUCCAGGGUACUCAACAAGAUACCAGGAGACCCUGUCAAGGAAAAGAAGGCACGAUAG